AUGUCGUUCUCACAGUGGAAACUGGAUUAUGGACAUGCUAACAAAGGAUCCAAAACCUCCGAUCCGACGUUCAAUCCCCCUGGAUUUUUUUCGCAGUCAACAGGAUUUCAGCAACAUGUAAGUUUUUAAAAACGUUUUUUAAAAAGUCAUCAAAUUUUGCAGCUGGAUUCUGAACGUCCGGCCGACCAACAAGAGCACUUGGCGCGGAAACGCGCGUGGGACGUCGCCAUGGGACCAGCGAAAAGUCUCCCGAUGAACAUGUUCAUGAUGUACAUGGCUGGACGCAGUGUGAGUUUUUUUUUAUAUCGAACUUUAAACUAUUGAUUGAUAUAGGUGUCAAUAUUCCCAAUUAUGAUGGUCGGUAUGAUGCUUUGGAGACCAGCGAAGGCCUUGUUCUCAGUUAAUGCGACCUUCAAGCCACUAGAGGUACUUUGAUUGAUUUUAAUUGGAUAAUUAAUCUUUUUUUGCAGAGUCCUGUCACGGGAUCAAUGAUUUUGCACAAAAUUGUUUUUCUUUUGGGUAAUAUUGGAGCAAUCGGGUUAGCUAUUUACAAGGUUUGUAGCUCCCUCUUUUCGAAUUUUUUUAUCCAAAAUUCAAUCAAUUAUUUUCUUCACUAAAAUACGAUAAUUUAAGGUCCAUACGAUGGGUUUACUACCAAACACGCCUUCCGACUGGCUCGAAUUCAUCCCGCAACCAAAUCGCGCCCAGUAUUCUAUUGUCACUGACGCUUUCUACUAG